AUGAACGGCACAGAGGGACCCUAUUUCUAUGUCCCUAUGAUUAACACCACCGGCGUUGUCCGGAGUCCUUAUGAGUAUCCUCAGUACUACCUUGUCAACCCAGCAGCUUAUGCUGCCCUGGGUGCCUACAUGUUUUUUCUCAUCCUUGCUGGCUUUCCCAUCAACUUCCUCACUCUGUACGUCACCAUCGAACACAAGAAGCUGCGAACCCCUCUAAACUACAUCCUGCUGAAUCUUGCGGUGGCUGACCUCUUCAUGGUGUUCGGAGGAUUCACGACAACGAUGUACACCUCAAUGCACGGCUACUUCGUCCUUGGACGCCUUGGCUGCAAUGUUGAAGGAUUCUUUGCUACCCAUGGUGGUCAGAUUGCCCUCUGGUCACUGGUUGUUCUGGCUAUUGAGAGGUGGGUGGUUGUCUGCAAACCCUUCAGCAACUUCCGCUUCGGGGAGAAUCACGCCAUCAUGGGCUUGGCCCUCACCUGGGUAAUGGCCGCUGCUUGUUCCGUGCCCCCUCUUGUUGGCUGGUCCCGUUACAUCCCUGAGGGCAUGCAGUGCUCAUGUGGAAUCGACUACUACACACGUGCAGAGGGUUUCAACAAUGAUACCUUUGUUGUCUACAUGUUCACAUGCCACUUCAUGAUCCCACUGGUCGUGAUCUUCUUCUGCUAUGGUCGUCUGCUCUGCGCUGUCAAGGAGGCUGCUGCUGCUCAGCAGGAGUCUGAGACCACCCAGAGGGCUGAGAGGGAAGUCACCCGCAUGGUCAUUCUCAUGGUCAUUGCUUUCUUGGUAUGUUGGGUGCCCUACGCCAGUGUGGCUGUUUGGAUCUUCACAAAUCAGGGUGCUGAGUUUGGACCUGUCUUCAUGACCAUCCCGGCAUUCUUUGCCAAGAGCUCCUCCAUCUACAACCCACUGAUCUACAUCUGCAUGAACAAGCAAUUCCGUAACUGCAUGAUCACCACCUUGUGCUGUGGAAAGAAUCCCUUCGAAGAGGAGGAGGGAGCAUCCUCUACCAAGACAGAGGCCUCCUCUGCCUCUUCCAGCGUGUCUCCUGCAUAA